AUGCGUUUCCUCUUGCUCGUUUAUCUGCUGUUAUCGGUCACCGCUGAAGACGUCAGCGUGGAUGAAAUGGACUGCCAAGUUUACAACAAUCUUUACGUCUGCCUGGCGAACGGCGUGCUGCAGAGCGUCGCGUUCGAGGAUGUGAACGCGGUGCAAACGAUCGAGGACAUAGAAUUGCACCUGGAAGGUCUUGAGAUCGUGGACAUAGCGAAGGACGCAUUCCUCGAGGUCGCCAAUUCGUCCGCGCUCUAUAUUCGCGACAACGAGCUCACCGUCAUCUCCAGACACUAUUUCACCGCCCUGGACCAACUGACGUAUCUCGACUUGAAGAACAACACGAUCGUCGACAUCGAGGACGCUGCGUUCGCCAGACUUCGGAAUUUGGAGAGCCUGUUGCUCGAUUACAACAACAUUUCCACCCUCAGACCGGGCGCUUGGAAGGGUCUCAACGAUCUUCACGAACUGUACGCGACGAACAAUAAUAUCGUCCUGAAGAGGAACAUGUUCAGGGGCCUCAGGCACCUAGAGACGCUGGCAUUGGACUCUAAUGAAAUUACUGAAGUACCAAUAGGAGCUUUCAACGGUCUGCCUCAUAUCGAUCUACUCUAUCUGUCCAGAAACAAAAUUUCCACCAUACAGCCGGAGAUCUUCCGAGGACUUGGCGAGAUCAAUGAAUUAGAUUUGGGGAGGAAUCAAUUGAAGACCGUUUCCGGUGGGAUAUUUCGAUACCUGAGGAACUUGAACUCCUUAUGGCUGAAUGGUAAUCAUAUUGUCAUGCUGAAGGCGGAUGCCUUCGAGGGAUUGGAUAAUCUGUUGCUACUGUUUUUGAACAGCAACGAACUACGUUUCGUGGACAUGGCCGCUUUCAAUCGGAUGAAGAACGUGACGGUUGAUCCGGGCUUCAAGAUACGUGAUUCACUGGUGGACAAUGUCUACAAAGUGCACGGACGGUUUCGGUGCAACAGUGUCGCGUUUCAGUUCCCUUACGAGUGCACAGAAAUUUAA